AUGAUGAAUCUGUUGUUGGGAGCGCUUUUGACAAAGAUACCAAGAGCCAUGAUGGACUUCUCUUUGCUUGACCUUACUUCUUCAUGCUCUCAGGAUGAUAUAUCCGCUCGUUUUGACUCGAUAGCAAGCGCCUUAUUAUCCGAGUAUUAUCUCUCAAUCGUUCAUGGCAGCUCUCAGACGAAUUAUGAGAUCCUCGAGUUAGAAUUCUACCUCCAGAAGUCAGGCUGUCACGAGGACCCAUUUACUCAUGGAAGUGCAGAGCAGGAGCGCAGCGGGCAGUGGUAUUUUCACCGUGCACCAAAACGCAACCUUUCUACUACCGUGACUGCAGCAGGAGGUUAUCGAGGCGGUACACGGAAAGGCCUUGAUUUGACACUUGGUGGGCCCGUAUGCACCAAAGCGUCUUCUAGCCCAGAGCCUUGCGUCACAUCAACAAUAUUGCGGGGCGGUGCUCUUCUGCGUACCAUACGUCGCUGUCACGACCAAAAGGUCAUCUCGGGGCCCUCACUCCUUGUCGAUGAGGUUUUGCGUGUAUGCAGCGCUUCGAACCUCAAUGACCUUGUGUCUGUUAAAUGGCAAGGGGACAUCUCUGCCCUCUCAACCCCAACCCAGCUGAGAAGCACUUGUAUGUACUUGCGCAAGCGACCUGCAUCGAGCCUUGCGACCUCGCCCGUGCUCCGUUCUCCACGCAUUGGACUUGAUCUUUCCAACCCGGAAACCAAAGCCAGCCCGACACAUCCACGAGUUGUCUUCGUCGGGAAACUGUAUCGGUACUUUACUCAUCCAGAGCUCCUCGUUGCCAACGGACGUACCCAAACAUUCGUGGGAAUAUACUUGACCCUUGUCGAAGGAAAGAAGUACGCGCUUGGCUCGCUCAAGUUUCGCAACGAACUGAGCAAGCUGACGGGGAUGAAAGAUACGACUCUCGCAAAAUAUUUGUCGGACUACCAGCUCGGGUUCGAGAAGGGAAAGCUGGUGAGCUUUGUCGGGGCUUGUGGAAAAGGUGUCUCAGCGUCGGCGUCUGCAUAUCUUAGAAUGAUGGGCACGCUGGCAAGGGUGCUACAUGAGGCUCCAUGA